UUGAAAAUACCAGGCGCCGACCAGGAACAUGGUCUAGUAAAAGACAUUAUGGUUAGCACCAUGUUACAGGCGCGUCGACGCGGCACAAUUUGGUUGGCAGCACAAAGCGCCACGCGAAUCCUGCGCUCUCUGGAAUGUGUGCUCGUUUGGUUUGGAUUGUCGCCAAAUUCCAUCGAGCAAAACAUAGAAAAUGACUUCUUUUCCUUUACGGCCACAGAGCUCACGGACCCAGGUUUUGUUUGAAGAGUUUCUAAAAGUGCACCAAUUUUGCGCGACACGAUGUCAUGGCGAAUUCGCCCGUUACUUUACACCGCACCUUCGAGCGGGAUCCAUCACAACCCGCCCGUGAAAAUGGCAUGUCGUUGAGUCUUGCUUUAGCAUUGCAAGACGAAGCCUUGGGUACUACACCAUUGAGCCAUCAGCAGACCGCCAUAUCUCUUCUGAAAGCAGACAUUCCCUACAUUACCGCUGCCAUUCCGCGCAUCCUUUCCGCCCUGAUAAUCUCAAUCAUCAAUCGGGGGCGGAAGACGAGCUGGGCUGAUCUACGUGAAGCGAUAUUGUAUUCUCUUUUAUCGCUCCUCCAGCUUCAGUUUCUUCUUUCGAUCUGUCUCCUCUGGCCAGUGGUACCGGGUAUCAUUCUCUUACCUUGGCUAAGUUUACAAGCUGUCUCGAUUUGGAUUCUCCUCCACGUUGCAAAUAAUCAGCCGAUAUCUUUCAAAUAUACCGCAAAUCAACUUGGAGAUGAUGCGCUGAUUGACGAGGAGUGUCACUUGGAUUGGUUCGUCAUAGGCGGUUUAAUGGAUAAUGAACGUAUGCGCCGGGAGCUCCCGCCAAAACUUGCGAGGAUCUUCGGUCACGAUAUGCACAUUUUCCUACCCCGUAGGCUCGGCUUCAUUUUCGAUAUAGUUCUCACACUUUUUCAACGGAAUGUUUAUAUUCCAACUGGAACAUCAGUGGCCUUGUAUCAAGCUAUACGGACAAGCCUUCUGAAGCCAGAAACAAGCGGCGUGCGCAUCCUCGCGCAUCACACAGGAACUCUCGAUGUUUCAUGGCUGCUUGCCCGUCUCUGUUCUGACUUUCCUUCUGGGGCUCAAUUAAGCAAGCUUCAGGUGUUUACGUUUGGUGCCGCAUCAAUUGAAAUGACCUUACCCCUUGGCCGCGCUUACCAAAAAAGCGAAGACAAUACCAGUCCAAGUUCACCUUCGAUUACCCACUUCGCCUUUACAGACGACCCGUUCGCGCAAUUUGGGGUGCUUCUGGGGAUUCGCCAAAGGUUGGAAGGCCGAUUUGUAGGCAGUUUGUAUACCAUACGCGGAACUAUUCAGGUACCGACGAGAUCUUGCCUACUUCCUCGGGAUUGUCAUUAUACAUUUGAUGACUAUCUCGACGCCCUAGUGCCCAGUGGAGAUCCCCAUGCUGGCGUUCUUGGUCAAAUAUGUAAGGUCGACCGCGAAUUGAGCGAAAUGCGAGAGUUAGCCGCACUUGCGCAAAGUGUCGCCAACGAACGGCUCAGGACGCGCCGAACACGCCUCAGCUGGACGGCUCUUGGCGCGAUAGCAAAUAAUACGUCUAGUGGACAUAAAGGUCACGACGAUAUGGCGGGGCCUUACUCACUAGAAGAAGUGCGAAAGAAAGUUAAGUCUUUGGAAGGUCUAAAGGGAUACGAGGACAACCCGUUUGCAGAUGCCGUGAUACAUCGAUACCGGCCACGCCCCAAGAACCACACGCCAACUCAGGAAGCCAUAAAAGGGCCAAGAGGCCGUCGCACCGGGAUUAAUAAGUGUGACAACAGAAGAAGAGGAAGCUAGCAUAUAAUAUGAUAUGAUAUGAUAUGCAUAUUAAAUAUAAUUCUAUAAUACCUAUAUUUACU